UAUAGAAAGUUGAUUUUUGAUGGGUCAAUAUACAAAACUAGCAAUUUAAGAAGUAAAAAUACAUAUCUUUUUAGUUUCUAUAUAUGGUAGGCUUCCUAAUUUUCAGAAAUUUGCUGAUAUGAUACAAUUCAGUAAGAAAUUAUGGACCCCUAAAAAUGGCUCCGGCUAGAACUUACAAAAUUGUGCCUUCCCUUAAAUCCACUGGUAACCUAUGAUCAACACUGAUUUUCAUAAUAUGCCUUUUUUCUACUCAUUUAGUAGACUUUAUUAAAGUGAUUUCAGAAAAAAAAAUAGUGGGUACACAUGGGGAACUUACAAAGUCAGAACAAUGAAGUUGGCACAAAAUGCAUUAAAAACGCAAAAAAUAGAGAUAUUGAUGUACUUUAGUAUUCAUUAUUUACUGCAAUGCAAAAAAAUGUAUAUAUAUAUAUGAAAGUAUAUCAAAAUCAUUGCUACAAAUUAGCUUUAAAUUAGGACUGAAUUAAACUCAGGUUUUAAAUAACCUUAGUUGACCCCCCCCCUGUCUUUUUAUUUUUUAACAUAUAUAUAUAUAUCUGGAAGAAAAUACAUAUGUAUUUUCUCCCAGAACUUAUCUUAAAAGAAAUAUGUUUUUGUAUGUUUUACUUUACAAAAUGUGUCUGAUUUUUUUUCUAAUGCAUGAAGUGUUAAUGCACAAAAUAACAAUUGAACAUACACAGUUAAAAGCUGUGACAUGGCAAACAAGUUAUUGGGUGUACUUUUUAUCUUUAUUUUGUAUAUAAAAUUUAUCAUUCUACAUUUAUUUAUUGUGUCAAAACUUAUGGAAACUUUAGUUUACACUUCAAAAAUUGAAAAUAAAUAUAUUUUUUUUAGAUAAUAAUUAAAAAUAAAUGGCAAGUUCAUCUUUAGAUCUAACUCAAUGUUGCAUUGGAAAAAAAUUAAAUGAAAAUUGUCAUGAAGGAAAAUUUACCAAAAUUAAGAAAAUUAAAUUUUCUGAGGAAUUAACAAAAAAAGAUCAAGAGCUUGUGCACUUAAGAUGUAAAGUAAAUCCUAUUAAAACUAUUUGUAAUCACCAUGAAAAGAUCUUCUUGGAUAGAUUUGAGUCAUCGUAUGUUGGAAGCUUUUGUUGCGAUCCUUUUAACAAACACAAAAUUAAAAUUAAAAAAUCUGUCAGAGUAAUCAGUGCUGCUGUUGCAAAGGAAUUUGAUUUAAUACCUGGUUAUAAGCUUUGUACAGAAUGUCGUAAAAUAUUGCACUUAAGAAAACAAGAACAUGAAAGCGAUUCAUGUGAAAAUCAAGAUAACGAUUUUAAUGGGAUUCAUAUUUCAAAAGAAAACUUUAGUUUAAGCAUUACACCUUUGGUUGUUCACCUCUAAAACUAGUAGCUUAUAAAGACAGAGUCAGCUAUGCAAAAAAAAAAGAUUAACAAGAUCCAUACUGCAACCAAAAAGAAAAUAGCAACUGUUUUAGAUGUUUCUCCGGAUUUAAUAAAUGAUGAACCAAAAACAAAAGAACUUUGUUGUAAAAGUAAACAAGAUUUGGACUUACUAAUGGAAUUAAUUAAAGCAAAGUUUGAUAUUUCUUCAAAACCAGAAAAACUUAAAUUGCUAACUUUGGUUCCUGAGAGUUGGAACAUUAACUAUACAGAAAACUAUUUUUCUGCUUCCCAAAGAAUGAUAAAAACUGCAAGGCAUUUGAAACAAAUGCAUGGCAUAAUGGCGGAGCUGUCUAAAAAAGGAAGAUCUAUUAGUGAGAAAGUAAAAAAUCUAGUCCAUGAAUUUUACCAAUCAGAUGAAUACUCUAGAAUGUGUCCAGGAAAAAAACAGUAUGUCUCAAUCCAAGUUGAUGGUAAAAGACAACAUUUUCAAAAAAGACUGCUAUUACUUAAUAUAAAAGAACUUUAUUUAGAGUCUGUUAAAAUUUCCUUAGAUGUCAAGAUUGGAUUUUCUAAGUUUUGUGAACUUAGACCAAAGUGGUCUAUUCCUGUUGGAGGUGCUUCAGGUCUCCACUCAGUAUGCGUUUGUGAGUGCCACCAGAAUGCCAAACUUUUAGCAUUAAAAAUACCAGAUAUUUCAGACUAUAAAAAUCUCUUGACAUUAGUUGUAUGUGACUUAACAAAUCGAGACUGCAUGCUGCAUUGUUGAGAUAACUGCUCAGAUAAUGACACACUUAAAGAGUAUCUUACUACUUUGUUUGAUAAACAUAGCAUUGAAGAAAUCAACUUUAAUCAGUGGCAAAAAGCUAACAAAAAACAUGAUAUAGUUCCGGUAACUCUUCCAGUGGACGAUUUUAUUGAAAAAGCUUUUCAACAAAUAGACCAAUUAAGAGACCAUCACUAUAUAGCCAAAAAUCAAGCAGCAUAUUUGCAGCAUCUAAAAAUCACAUUAGCAAGUAAUCAUAUUUUAAUAUUAUUAGACUUUGCUGAGAAUUACAGUUUUUUAAUUCAAGAUGCAGUACAAGGUUUCCAUUGGAACAAUAGCCAAGCAACAUUGCAUCCUUUUGUUAUUUACUUUAUGGAAGAAAACAAGAUAAAAUGUAAAAGUAUUUGCAUUAUCUCAGAUAAUUUGCAACACAAUACAAACUCAGUACAUUGUUUCAUUCAUGAAGUAUUAAAACAUUUAAAAAACCUGAUACCUUACUUUAAUCACUGCAUUUAUUUCAGUGAUGGUACAAGUUCACAAAACAAAAAUUAUAAAAACCUAUCUAACUUAUGUCAUCAUAAACAAGAUCAUGACGUAUCUGCAGAAUGGCAUUUUUUUUCCUACAUCGCAUGGAAAGAGUGCGUGUGAUGGUGUUGGGGGAACUGUCAAAAGACUUGUAGCAAGGGCAAGUUUACAAUCACUAGUUGAUCCUAUCAAUUCAUCUAAAAAAAUGUAUGAUUAGUGUAGACAAAAUAUUGAUGGAAUACAUUUUCAACACAUUUCAAAUGAUGCAGUUACAUUACAUUGCAUGAAAUUUAAAUUAGAAGAACGUUAUGCUACUUGUUCAACAAUUCCAGGAGCAAGAAACCACCAUUGUUUUAUACCACAAUCAUUAACUACUUUACAAAUGAGACGGGUUUCAUUCGACAAUGUGUUUACUAAUGUAAAUAUUUCAACAAUGCAACAGAACUAUACAAUUCCACUUGCAUCUCUUUCACCAGGAAUUUAUAUAGCAUGUGUUUAUGAUGGAAAAUGGUUUUUAGGUAAUAUUGUGGAAAUAUCUGAAGAAAAUCAAGAUAUCCUUAUAAAGUUCAUGAAGCAGUCUAUUUCCUCUAACACUUUUACUUGGCCACAUAGAGAAGAUAUUUGCUGAGUUCCAAUAAUGCACGUUCUAUGCAAAAUUUCAUCUUUAAAAGUGCAAUCAGCAACUGGUAGAUGCUAUGAACUGUCAGCUCAAGAAAAAACUGAAAUAAUACAUUUGUACAAUAGAAUGUUUAAUAACUAAGUUAUAUAAUAACAAAGCAAAAUUUGAAUGAUUCCAUCUUUAUGUUGAUUUUUUAUUGAAUAAUGUUUUUUAAUGC